UUUGCGGCCUCAGACGCUCGCUGCUUCUGCUCUGCUCCGUUGAAUCGGUGGUUUGUCGCUGGCCACUGCCUCGCUUUCUGGCCUUUGGCGGCUCCUCCGCAACUGAGUUAUCGACAUUCAAUCUCUGUUCUUCCAUCGAUUCUUCUCUUCUAUCCUCAUUAACCCUAUUAUUCAGCGAUCGUGAUAAUUCUCAGGCAAAGAGAUGGUUUGGUGUCCUCAUUGUGCAAAAAAUAGCGAGACACAUCGCGAUUAUACGACAGGCAGUGUAUGUUGCGUUGAUUGUGGUAAAGUGGUAUCUCAAGAUAUAUACACUGAGGAUGCCACUUUUGUUAAAGAUUCAGCUGGAGGGGCUCAUCUUGCAGGCAACCUUGUAAGAAUGGAAAAUGCUUGUGCUGAGUCACAUAGAAGAACCUUGGAGAAAGGGAAUGUAGUAAUUUAUGAGCUGAUAGACAAAUAUGGGAUCAGUAAUGUGUCGCAUGCUACAAAAUAUUAUCAGAUAGCUGUUGAGCGUGGUUUUACAAAAGGACGUAGAACAGGCCAAGUUGCAGCUGCUUGCCUCUAUGUUGCCUGCCGGGAAAAAGAGAAACCUUUUCUGCUUAUUGAAUUUUCCAGUGAAUUGGGUGUUAGUGUCUACGAGUUGGGCACUGUGUAUUUACAGCUUUGCAAGUUGUUAAGCCUCCAGGAUCAUCCUUUUGUUCAAAAACCAGUUGAUCCUAGCCUUUUUAUGCAUAGAUAUACAAGUGGAUUAAUCAAAGGGGAUGGUAAUAAGAAAGUUUUGAACACUGCAUUGCACCUUGCAGUUAGCAUGAAGAGAGACUGGAUGCAGACUGGCAGAAAACCUAGUGGGAUAUGUGCUGCAGCUAUAUACGUUUCUUCUGUGUUGCAUGGGUAUAAUUUUUCAAGAGCAGAUGUUGUUAAAGCUGUACACAUAUGUGAAGCAACAUUGACAAAGCGAUUGAUUGAGUUUGAGAAUACAAAAGCUGGGAGUUUGACGAUUGAAGAGUUCACUGAGAACGCUUUGGAGUUUGAGAAGGAAAUGCGGUCUUGCAAACAAUCUGUCAAGGACGUAAAGAUGCCUGGAUUGACAGAAGUGGUCUGCCAGCACAAGAGCAAUGCAGUUCAAUCUGGUUUUGGCCUUUGCAGAAAAUGUUAUAUGGAUUUCUGUGGAGGACUUGAUGGUUCUGAACCUCCAUCAUUUCAGCGUGCCGAAAUGGAAAGAUUAGCCAAGGAAUCUGUGCAGAUGUCUACAAAGUCAACACACGGCCUAGAGGCCCACCAAAAAACAAAUGAUAUUGAAAAUGGAACUCGGCGUAACAUUCAACCCAUAGAGAAUCUGAAAGUAACAGAGGUCCAAUGUACUUCUUCUACCCCUGAAAAGCUCGACAAAAUUAGUGACACUGUGGAUACUUCCGAACGCUUAGAGGACGUCCCUGAUACCAUUGAUGAAACAGACACCCUUUCUGAUAUUGAUGAUUCUGAGGUCAAUUGCUACAUUAACAGUGCGAAAGAAAGCCACUAUAAGAAGAUUUUAUGGGAAGUACUGAACAAAGAAUAUGUGCAGGAGCAAGCUGCUAAGGAAGCUGCAGCAGCAGCUGCACGUAAGCUUUAUACCGGGACUCCAGAGGAAAUACGUGAAGCACAGGCAAUGGCUGCAGCAGCAGCUAAACUUGUUGCAAGCAAAAAAGAGAAUGAUAAAAGAAAGCGAGCAUUGGAGGCGAAGAAUGCUAAGCCUGCUCAAACUGCAGCAGAAGCUGCUAGUCAACUGUUCACAAAGAAGAAACUAAGUUCAAAGAUUAACUAUGAUGUGUUGAACAAUCUCUUUGAUGACGAGCCGAGUCCGAAAAAGAACCGUAUCGAUGAUAGCGACACCAAGGAAACGGAAUCGGGCAAGAAACUCGAUGAAACCAAUGAUGUGGGUGAAGAAGAGGAUUUGGACUAUGAUGAUGGUGAAACAGAAGGUCAGGAAUGGAACUAUGACGAUGAACAGGGAAUGAAUGAUUAUAGGUAUGAUGAUUAUGAUGGUGGGGAUGCAUAUGAUGAUGAGUAUUGAUCACAAACAUCUGUUUAUUUUUCUUUGUUUUCUUCUUUAGUUACAUGAAUUGCCAAUAUAGCUUUGUCUUUUUGGUUCUUUUUAGCUCAUAGUAAUAGUAUGGUCAACAACUAGUGAAGAGGAAGUUUUUAAGGUGUAGAUUUCUUACUGAAAUUGUCUUAAUGAGAUUCAGAAUUUGGUAUUGGUAGAUGCUGAAAUCAUGGUAAUGGUUUUAUGGUUC